AACCUGGCGGAAGAUAAAUGAUCAAAUGUUCAAAUAUCAUAGUACUCAUUUGCCGAACUUCACGUUUUAGGCGAGAUAUGCGAGACUGAAAUGAGCAAGUGUAUUUUUCCGUUCAUGAUCACAUUCUCUACCUAGAGAUAGGUUAUAACAUAGCUUUCUUUCUGGUAUGAUGCCAAUUUGCAGAGGGUUAAUUCAAGGAUGACAAGGAUUUUAAGACAUGUUAACCUAUAAACCUACAUUACUAGGUAUUAAAGGGAGUAUAAUCCAUACAUUUAAGCGAAAAAUAAUCUGUCAAAAAUCCAUGAAAAUGUGAGUAUUCUAUAAGUGACUAGUGUCAAGAUAUUCGUAUGAAAGUAUUAAAUCGUUGCAACGCUUUUGAAAUAAUGCAGAAAAUUUACAUUCUUCUUGCAUUUUUACCAAAAUCUAACUUUUUUUCACCAACUUUAUCAUUUUUCAUUUUCAUAUUUAUAUUGUGCAAAACUUGGUGGAAAUUAACAUCUUGAAAAUUUUCAUUCAAACUGUUGGAGGGUAGCUUUAAUAAAUGUAAAUCAAUUGUUUAAACUGCAAAAACGUAAACAUACCUAAAAAUAUAAAUUUAGCUCAGCAUCUAAAAUAAGCGAAAACGUACCUGCCUAAAAUAUACCACAUAAUUGUUACUUUUUUAUUCUUUCAAAAUGUUAGACAAUAAGAACUACGGUGAGGAAUGUAGAUCCGUAUUUUUCUAAGAAAAUGUCACUGUUACGAUACUUUUAAAUGUAAAACAUUUUAAGUUUUUGACUUUUCAAAGUCGCGUGUUUAAUUGAAGGGAAUAUGUUCUGUUUAAAGUACGAAAUCAUGAAAGUGAUUUUUUGUUAUCUUUGUCUUUGGAACGUUUGUCUCGCAAGCGUCAUUAUUGGUAUAGAUGGCGGCAAUGACGAACGAAAAUCUGAAAAAGGCUCUAACUACGCCAGCAUUUGUCAUCAACGGAGAAUUAGAAAAUGCACAAGAAAAGGCUGAGAAAGAACGUGUUACAACGCCCCCGCUUGGAGGAACAGGCGACCACAUCAUUAUUCGCAUCGAAAAACUAGGAAAUCGUGGCAUCAAACCAGAUGAUGUCAAUGAAGAACAUGACUUGAUUGUAGAUGAAAAUGAAUUCGAAAAUACAACAACACCGCCGUUGAUAUGCUGGGAACUGGCCUGUUCGGACUGCGCAAAACAGGAAUCGGACAUACGUUGCUUUCUUCGAAGUUUACUGACGGUACUAGUACGGACUGUCUUGUGUUUAGUGCCGAUGCUGUUGUUAUUGAUGGCAUGCAUCAAAAUAGCCAACCACAAAGAGAAGAAAGUUUAUCUCAACGAGAAUUGCGGGAAGGUUCUUAAUGAAGACGACAAAACACAACUGAUCGUAAAAUGCGAGAAAGGAACUUGAGAAGAAAACAAGGAAAUACGCCACGCCAUUUAUUCAAUGAGCAAAUUCUCAAACCGUUCACGUUUUUCUCCGAUUUUUUUUACGCCUUAGUAGCCACAGUGGCUCUGGUUAUAUGGCUGCAUAUGUUUUGUUAUAAACAGAGCUAUAAACUACUCGUUCCUUUUUGUUAUUUUUCUGUGAGAAAGAUGGCUUUAAUAUAAACGUUAUUAUUGGGAGUACAAUUAUAUUUUAGUCUUAGUGUUUCAAUAAAAAGAAAACGUAAUAUGAAACCAUUACAUACAGAUCAAGUAUUGUCUGAAUAUAACCAUUAACAAAAUCUUCAUCAUAUAUUAUACAAUUAUUGACUCUUGGGCUAUGCGAUAUUCACCAGAAAGUAGAGGUCUGCCCUCUCCCGGUGAAUAUCACAUCCUAUCCAAUGGCUCAAGAGUCAAUAACCGUUUUAUUAUACGGGUUCAGGUUUAUGAAUAUGUAAAAAAUAUUUUUUGCAGCAUAUGUGAUAUUUAAUGUUUGAAAAUAACAAUAAAUGACUUCCAUUCUAUUUUCACUUUAUGUUCGAUUCUUGUGGAUAAGUCGGAGCAUACAGCAAUUGAAUGUGAUAAAAAGACACUUAAACGAGAUGAAUUAUUUUGUAACAUAGGCUUUAGUUUUGGCGAUAAUGUAUUGCAUGAAUUAUUGAACGAUUACAAUGACAUAAAAUUUCAGAAGCUCAUUGUUAGACGCUCGAUAUCAAUUUCUUGUAAAAAUGUUCAUAACCAAUUUUUAAGAGUUGCCAUUUGAUAUGGUGUUUCAUGUGUACAUAUUGCUUGCAAAGAUGAUAAUUUAUAAAAUGAUUUAAUUAGUAAGUGGUCAAAUGCAUUAACUGCAUCAUGUUAUAUUAUUCUGUAAUGAAACGGGACAAUGUUUGAUAUAAAGCGAAAACCUUAAUAUUUGAAAGAAAAAAAUACUUCUAUUACAAUUCAUAUUGUUGUGUACAUUUUGUUUGCUACAUUGUUAUAUUUAUUCUCAUCUGUAAUGUUGUGUUUGAAAUGUAUAUCACUGAAAAGUAGAACUAAGUAUAUAAGGAAUAAUAUACAAACUGUUUUGCGCGCUUCUUUUCACAAAUACCUGAACUUGUCGCUAUACUUAAAUUGUACUUGCGGAUCACUUGUUAAUAAUCUGUAUUAUAUGUUUGACCAGAAAGUGCAAUUAAUUUUACGAGUCUUAGUGAUAAUUUUUGUAAAAUCUUAUAUUUUAAACUGUGAUAAAAGUUGUGUCUAAAAGAGGCAAGUAUUUUUAGGGUUUUGCUUUGCAAGGAAAUACUGUACCUUUAAUAUUAUGAAUAAAUUAUUGUUAUACAUAUGUAGCUCAAUUGUAUUUUUCAACAGGUAUUAUGUUCUUUGUGUAAACAUGAACGUUGUUUUAAUUUCAUUUUAGGCUUUAAAAAUUAAUAAAAGAGCUAAAAUUUUGAA